AUGAUUUACAACGCUCGUUCGUCACUCGGUGCCAUUGCGCUCGCACCUCUCGUUUCGGCUGCAGUCCUUGACCUGCCCAUCACAUUCAGGAACACAUACGCUAUAGUCGAUGUAGCAAUAGGGACACCCGCCAAGACCCACUCCUUGAUGUUCGACACUGGCAGUGCCACCGCGUGGAUUGUCGACGCCGAGUGUGCUGAGGAUUGUAACAAUGACAGCGGAUGGUCACGAGAUGGGUACAACCGGAACGAAUCGUCAAGCUCAUCCGAGCUCGGCACAUACGCCGAGAUCUCCUACCUCGGCGGUGUCACCUCUGGCCCGGGCGUGGCAGACACCUUCUCCCUGGGCGACGCAAAAUGGUCGCAGUCCUUCAUGGAUGCCAACGAGAGCUCAUGGACCGUUUUGCCCGCUGAUGGCUUCCUCGGGCUGGCCUUCUCCACCAUCACCGAUGCCGGGACUAAGACCAUGGUUGAGACCAUGAUGCAGGCCCACCUGCUAGACGAGCCCCGAUUCAGCAUCUACUACGGCACAGAACUCAACGACACCGGCAAUGCGGCUGGCAAGGGCGUGCUGACUAUUGGAGGCUCGGAGGAGGAGAAGUACGUCGAUGGCGACUUGACGUGGGUCCCGCUGCAGAGGAUCAAUGGCGAGUACGAGGUGUGGCGAUCAACGCUGCGCAUUUUAACCGGCAGCGAGGGUAUCAGUGGGAACGGCUCGUCGACAGACACGCAGUUCUACCCCGACGACGCAUGGGGCGUCUUCGACAGCGGCGCCGGCACCAUCACCGUGCCGCCGCUGCAAGUCGACGCCCUCUACCAGUCCAUCGGGAUGAACUACACGGCGAUCCUCAACGGCGACCACAUCCCGCUCUGCACCGAGUUCAACUCGUCCUGGUCCGUGUCUUUCACGUUUGGCGACGAUGACGCGAGUGCCAGCACUGUGACCAUUACCGGAGACCAGUUAGCGCGUCCUGGGUUUGCCUACCGUGACGAUGCGUGCAACCCGCCGUUCGACGGUGGCCACACCGAUGGCUUCUUUCUCUUUGGAACGGCCCUGUUGAAUCAGUUCUAUACCGUGUUCGACUUUGGAGCCGAGAACGUCGAGGACUACGAGCCGCGCGUCGGAUUCGGGCAGCUGAAGGAGGACACUUUUGAGCUCACACAGCUUUUAGGUCAGGACUGCGAAAAGUAG